AAUCUCAUAAGAGCCUUUGGACCCGAGGCCAGCGCAGCCAUGGCCACCCCUGCGCCCCGCACCGUCCUCAUCACCGGCUGCUCCUCCGGCAUCGGCCUCGCCGUCGCCGUGAGGUUGGCACAGGACCCCCAGCAGCGCUUCCAGGUCAUCGCCACCAUGAGGGACCUGCGGAAGAAGGAGAAAUUGGAGGAGGCGGCGGGACCGGCGCUGGGAAAGACGUUGAGCAUCCAACGCCUGGAUGUCUGCAGCGACAGCUCGGUGGCAGAGUGCAUGGGGAGCAUCCCCGGGGGACGGGUGGACGUGCUGGUGAAUAACGCCGGCGUGGGGCACGUUGGUCCCGUGGAGAGUGUCAGCGUGGAGGAGAUGAAGCGCGUCUUCGAGACCAACUUCUUUGGGGUCGUGAGGAUGAUCAAGGCCGUUCUCCCCGACAUGAAGCGGCGGCAGAGCGGUCACAUCGUGGUCAUCAGCAGCGUCAUGGGGCUGCAGGGGAUUGUCUUCAAUGACGUCUACGCCGCCUCCAAGUUUGCCGUGGAGGGAUUCUGCGAGAGCCUGGCCGUGCAGCUGCUGCAGUUCAACGUCUUCGUCUCCAUGGUGGAGCCAGGCCCCGUGAACACAGAUUUCGAGCUGAAGCUAAUGGAGGAGGUUUCACGCUCCGAGUUUCCCGGCACCGACCCGGCUACCGUGCAGUAUUUCAAGGAUGUGUACCUGCCGGCUUCGCACGAGAUCUUCACCACACUGGGGCAGAGCCCCACUGCCGUGGCCGAGGCGGUCGUGAACGUGAUCGGGGCCAGGCGUCCGGCUUUCCGCACACAAACCAACUGCCUCUACACGCCAUUGGUGGCCCUCAAGUACGCGGAUCCCUCGGGGGACCUGUCCGUGAGGACCUACUACCACCUGCUCUUCAACUACGGCACCCUCUUCCACCUCAGCAUGGGCGUCCUGCGGUGCCUCACCUGCGGCUGCUUCCGACGUAGGGUCACCCCGCUCUGAGCUGGGGACCCCAGGGAGGGGCUCAGCCCCUCGAUGCUGGGGAGGGGGCUAUGGCUGCAGCCCCGCACCCCCUGGCAUAGCUCACAGCAGGACAUACGGACAGCACCCAGUGGCUGAACCCUGGAGUCCCCCUGUGUCAGAGAGGGGGGUUCUUCCAGCAAGAUGGGGUCCUGGUGGGCCUGAGCCUUCUGCUGGAUGGGCAGGAGGGUGGGGAGCCUUGGGGGAGCAGG